CCUCUACCUGUCAAUUGGGCUGUACAAUGACCCAAAAGCAGUUGACUAGAAGAUUCCUUUAAUGUGUUAUCAAGAAUGUAGUUUAUCUAAAAAUUAUAUUGCCUGCCAUUUUGUAUGACUAUUUAUGAUGCGUUUGAGAGGAAUAAUAGUGAACUAUGAUAUUUGAACUAGUAACAGAACAAUUUAUUUUCUCAGAGUAUCCUAUCUUAGAGGUCCUUCUGGAGAGAGAAAAAUGGGGUCUGGGAUUGGGUACACACAUAAGCUUCAACGUUAUUUGCACAAAGUGGAGAGAUUUUUGGGUAGGAUAUAGAAAGAAGAAACCUGCAUUAGCUUCUUUUUGAAGAUCUCAUGGUUUUGGCUUCUUUAAGGACUUCCUUAAAUAUUGAAAUUGUUUGGGAUGUAUGUCUGCAUGUGUGUGCAUGAGAGAUAGAGAGAGAUGGACAUGAUUUAGGUUCUUGUAUGUUAUGAGGAUGUAACUAGAUUCCUAUUGAGAUACACCGUGACUUGUUUACUCUUUCGCAUGUCGGUGACAAUAUAGUUUUUUGGAUGGAGUAUUGCUAAAAACAUGGUUUAUUUGGCAUCACUUCUUUUGUAUUUAAUUUUGUUUUGAUAUUUGCAUUCACAGUUGGACCUGGUGGAAGUCCAGAUGAGAAUGGAGAAACUACACUUGAUGCCAUGGUCAUGAAUGGGGUAACAAUGGAGGUUGGAGCUGUUGCUGGUAUGAGGUAUGUGCGAGAUGGCAUCAAAGCUGCAAGAUUAGUGAUGCAACAUACUGAACACACUAUGCUUGUUGGAGAGCAAGCCUCGAUUUUUGCCAUUUCAAUGGGUCUUUCCGGACCCACAAACCUUAGCUCAACAGAGUCAAUUGAUAAGUGGGUUAAAUGGAAAAAGAAUAACUGUGAACCUAAUUUUAGGAAAAAUGUUCUACCCGUUGAUAGUUGUGGUCCUUAUCAUCCAAAGGAUUCUUUGGAUCUUGGCAAGACAACAUGUGUAAUGGACAAUCUCGUUGGAGCUAUUGGAUCCAGAUCAUCUCAUGUUGGUCACCACAACCAUGACACAAUAUCAAUGGCUGUUUUUGAUAAAAUGGGACAUAUCGCUGUCGGUACAUCAACUAAUGGGGCCACUUUCAAGAUUCCUGGCAGGGUUGGUGAUGGACCUAUUGCUGGAUCUUCAUCAUAUGCUGAUGAUGAAGUUGGGGCAUGCGGUGCCACUGGGGAUGGGGAUAUCAUGAUGCGCUUCCUUCCAUGCUAUCAGGUCGUUGAGAGUAUGAGGUUGGGAAUGGAACCCAAGCUUGCGGCCAAGGAUGCAAUAUCAAGGAUUGCAAGAAAAUAUCCUUCCUUUAUAGGAGCUAUUUUUGCAGUGAAUAAGAAGGGUAUGCAUGCAGGUGCGUGCCAUGGAUGGACGUUUCAGUAUUCGGUGAGAGGCCCUGUAAUGGAAGAUGUGGUGGUAUUCACUGUUCUUCCUUGAAACCAAAUGCCUGAUUCAGUGAUUCUAGUGAAUACUCUGUUGCGCAGUUCAUUUUUCUCGUGCUAUUUGGGGGGCUUGGAAUAUGCAAAGAAUAAUUAGUACAGAAUUGUGUUAAGAAUGAAUGUUUUGAAAUCACUUAUGUGAAGAAGGAAAUCUCUCUCUCU